UGAGCCUAGAGCAGCAGCCCCUGAUCAUGUGACUCCUCCUCCAUGUGACUGAUCACAUGACUGUGACAUCAUGCAGGUCCUAUAAGCGGCUCCCGUACAGUCUGCUGGUGGAGGUUCCUAUAAGGUGUCAGGACGUGGCGGUCUAUUUCUCCAUGGAGGAGUGGGAGUAUGUAGAAGGACACAAGGAUCAGUACAAGGAUCAGGUCAUGAUGGAGGAUCAGCAGCCCCUCACAUCACCAGUCAGACCCAGUAAGAGAACAACACCAGAGAGGUGUCCCCGUCCUCUUGAUGAGCAGAAUAUGGAGGACAUUACUACAGGGAAAGAUCUGAUCUAUAUUAAUGCUACAAACAUAAAGGAAGAAGAACAAGAGACAGAUGUAAGCAGUGAUGCACAGUAUAAGGAGGACAUUUCUACACGGAAAUAUCUGAUCUAUAAUAAUGCUACAGACAUAAAGGAAGAAGAAGAGACAGAUGUGAGCGGUGAUGAGCAGUAUAAGGAGGACAUUCCUAAAGGGAAAGAUCUGAUCUAUAAUAAUGCUAUAGACAUAAAGGAUGAAGAGACAGAUGUGAGCAGUGAUGAGCAUUAUAAGGGGGGCAUUUCUACAGAGAAAGAUCUGAUCUAUAUUAAUGCUACAGACAUAAAGGAAGAAGAAGAGACAGAUGUGAGUAGUGAUGAGCAGUAUAUGGAGGACAUUUCUACAGGGAAAUAUCUGAUCUAUAAUAAUGCUACAGACAUAAAGGAAGAAGAAGUGACAGAUGUGAGCAGUAAUGCACAGUAUAAGGAGGACAUUCCUACAGGGAAAGAUCUGAUCUACAUUAAUGCUCCAGACAUAAUAGUAAAAGCAGAAGAGACAGAUGUGAGCGGUGAUGAGCAGUUUAAGGAGGACAUUUCUACAGGUAACCACCCAGAUUCUUGUACCAGGAGAUCAGAGGAGAAUCUUAUAUCUUCAGAUUAUAAAGCAGAUGAUGAUAUCACACAAGAUACAUAUGAAGAACAUUCCAUUAUCCCAGAUACACCCUCAGCCCUUCACAGCCAAGAUCCGUCAUCUCAUCCUUAUAUACAGGUCCUGUCUUCUCAGUCAUCACAGGAUGUUCAGCAAAAUAAAGGUCACAGAAGGGGUGUUGGACAUCAAAGAGAUUGUGCAGGGGAGAAGCAAUAUUCAUGUUCAGUAUGUGGGAAAUGUUUUAAUAGCAAAUCACAACUUAUUCAACAUAACAGAACUCACACAGGAGAGAAGCCAUAUUCAUGUUCAGAAUGUGGGAAAUGUUAUACUCAUCAGCCAAGUCUUAUUAGACAUCAAAGAACUCACACAGGGGAAAAGCCAUUUUCAUGUUCAGAAUGUGGGAAAUGUUUUACUUUUAAAUCAGGUCUUAUUGUACAUCAACAAACUCACACAGGAGAGAAGCCAUAUUCAUGUUCAGAAUGUGGGAAAUGUUAUACUCAUCAGCCAAGUCUUAUUAGACAUCAAAGAACUCACACAGAGGAGAAGCCUUUUUCAUGCUCAGAAUGUGGGAAAUGUUUUGCUCAGAAAUCAUAUCUUGUUGUACAUCAAAGAACUCACACAGGGGAAAUGCCAUUUUCAUGUUCAAAAUGUGGGAAAUGUUUUACAUUUAAAUCAGGUCUUGUUGUACAUCAACGAACUCACAUGCGAGAGAAGCAAUUUUCAUGCUCAGAAUGUGGGAAAUGUUUUGCUCAGAAAUCAGAUCUUGUUAAACAUCAAAGAACUCACACAGGAGAGAAGCCAUUUCCAUGUUCAGAAUGUUGGAAAUGUUUUACUCAGAAAUCAGACCUUGUUGUACAUCAAAGAACUCACACAGGAGAGAAACCAUUUUCAUGUUCAGAAUGUAGAAAAUGCUUUACUCAGCAAUCACAUCUUAUUCAACAUCAAAGAACUCACACAGGAGAGAAGUCAAUUCAGAGCAGAAAGAAGCCAGUUUCAUGUUCAGAAUGUGGGAAAUGUUUUACUUUUAAAUCAGACCUUGGUGUACAUCAAAGAACUCACACAGGAGAGAAGCCAUUUUCAUGUUCAGAAUGUGGAAAAUGUUUUACUGACAAAUCAAGUCUUCUUAGACAUCAAAGAACUCACACAGGGGAGAAGCCAUUUUCAUGUUUAGAAUGUUGGAAAUGUUUUACCCGGAAAUCAGACCUUGUUGUACAUCAAAGAACUCACUCAGGAGAGAAGCUACUUUCAUGCUCAGAAUGCGGGAAAUGUUUUACUAAGAAAUCACAUCUUGUUCAACAUAAAAGAACUCACACAGGGGAGAAGCCAUUUUCAUGUUCAGAAUGUGAAAAAUGUUUUAUUGACAAAUCAAGUCUUCUUAAACAUCAAAGAACUCACACAAGGGAGAAGCCAUUUUCAUGUUCAGAAUGUGGGAAAUGUUUUCCUGGGAAAACAAAUCUUGUUCAACAUCAAAGAACUCACAGGGCGGAGAGGCUAUUUUCAUGUUCAGAAUGUGAGAAAUGUUUUACUAAUAAAUCAGGUCUUGUUGAACAUCAGAGAACUCACACAGGUGAGAAGCCAUUUCCUUGUUCAGAAUGUGGGAAAUGUUUUACUAAGAAAUCAAAUCUUGUUCAACAUGAAAUAACUCACACAGGGGAGAAGCCAUUUUCAUGUGCAGAGUGUGGGAAAUGUUUUACUCGGAAAACAGACCUUGUUAGACAUCAAAUAACUCACACAGGAGAGAAACCAUUUUCAUGCUCAGAAUGUGGGAAAUGUUUUUCUCAGAAAUCAGAUCUUGUUAAACGUCGAAGAACUCACUCAGGGGAGAAGCCAUUUUCAUGUGCAGAAUGUGCUAAAUGUUUUCCUGAUCAAUCAAGUCUUAUUCAACAUCAAAGAACUCACACAUGGGAGAAGCCAUUUUCAUGUUCAGAAUGUAGAAAAUGUUUUACUCAGCAAUCACAUCUUGUUCAACAUCAAAGAACUCACAAAGGAGAGAAGGCAAUUCAGAGCAAUAAAUGAUGCAGAUAACACAUCUAUAUAUUCACCAUGUACAUAGGAUAGUUGACAGUAAUACAUACUUAUAUAUAUUUAUACAAUAUAUGCUUCAUCUCCAAACUUGUUAUUCAUUUUUUAAGAAGUUCUCUAUAUUAUAUUAUUUAUUAUUCUUAUAUUCAUCUCCGCACACUGGACUUAUAAUAAAUGUAAUAUUGUCCCUGACGUUGUAUAUAGGGAAUGUAACGCGUCAGUGUC